UUCUAAAGUGGAAGUCAACCGCAUAUUCUAAUCGACGUCGCAAUCGCAAUCGCAUACGCAACUCCCGUCGCAUAACUGGUCCAAUUUUCGAAACAGUUCCUGUAGCAAAGCUUGUCAAUGUUUAAAGGUAGCUCAUCUCAUUGUACAUGAAUGAGCUACACUUGGACUGCUGCAGUUUUUGUAAAGCUUCAUCAUCGCCAAUCCAAUUGAUCUAGUCAUUUCAAUCCCAUCUUAAUCGCUACCACCCAUCUAUCUAUCUGUCUCUUAUCACGCCUCUUAUACUCUUAUCGCUACAACACCCCCCGCCAGCAAGCUAUCGCACAUGGUGGGGUCAAGAUGCCGCCUCGAUCUGCUUUAACGUCGUCCUUCUCUAUCACAGACUCCAACAAUGAGGUAGUCUGCCCUCUUCGCAAUCAAGAUGGCUCAAGCUGUCGCAAGAGAUGCAUUGGUGAAAAGAGGUAUCGCUCCAUGCAGGAGCAUAUCCGUCGCGCGCAUCCCGAGCAUUACAUUUCCAAGCUACCAGCUACCGAAGAGAGCUUCUUGUUGAUGAUUAAUACUCCUCCGUCGGAGCGCCGACCUCUUGAUCAGACCUCAGCUCCAAAUGCUCAGGGUUUGUCACACUCUCAGUCAAGCCUGCCCCCGCCCAUUGACCACCUUCAAGGUUUUCAUGAGAGACACAACUACCACCGCGACGACUCGAGCAAUCCGGGCACGCCGCGCCUUAUAGAUGAAUACACUAACGGUGGGCCGGUCUCUGGUCCAAUGCUGGGUACUGCCAGCGCAGCGGCAGCAUUAGCCGAACUUCACGGCGUUAAAAGCGAACGUGAGAUGGAUAUGGAUGGUGAAUAUUAUUCAGAUAUGGAUGUUCGACGUAGACCACGAACCUCCAUUGAACUACCGCCGCUCAAUCUUCCAAACCACGACAUUACUAGCGACCCUUACUCCUCUGCCAAGGCUAACAGACAGCGCGACUUUCUUCCUUCCAUUCUUGCAAACUCACCUCCUGGAAGAUCAUCUACUCUCCCACCUCUUCAACGCCCUAUUGGUCCUAACCGUCCCCGCAAACAAUCCGUAACAAAGAGAGGAAGGGAGUCUCACCAUAAGAAGAAAACCUCAAAGGGAACAGCAACUGACUGGUUACGUCGGAUACAAAAUGAGGAGCGUUACAGGCCAGGUAAUGAUCGGAAAGCUCUUUCGGCCGAACCAUCCGCAGACUUUGGGAAGCGAUGGGAGGAUCUCAUCGAUGCAGCUGACCAGGCUGCAUCUGCUGCUGGUGAUAUUGAUGAAGACCGCACUCCUGUAAGUCGUCGUCUGUUGCAUUUGCGUCGAGGUUCAUACACCAACUAACAAAUAAUGAAAAGGUCCCUCAAUCUCCAGUUUCAAUGCAUAGGUCAUCAUUGCCGCCCUUUUCUCACCAGCCACAAUUCCAACCAGCGAGUUACCAGGCCUCACCACUCCAGCAGGCACUUACGCCCCCGUCCUAUAGCCAGGACACUAUAGAUCCAUUUCCUUCAGUUGAAAGUGGCGAAAACUUCCAUAUGGGGACCCGGGGGCUUUCUGACUCGUCACCGACAUACUCGGCCCAAAACAUUCAGAUAUACUGCGCUGCAUGUCAAGGCUUUUCUCUACUCAAGGAUUCAUACGCAUGUACAGAAUGCAUCUGCGGUCUUUGUCCGACUUGUGUAGAGGUCCUCAUGACAGAGCACGGAGCAAGAAGGAAGUGUCCACGCUGUGCUACAAUUGGCGGACGGUUCAAGCCUUUCCAGCUCGACAUCAGA